UUUCCUGUACUCUCGCGGACUUUCGUGCAUGGGAACAAUUUACUGCUCUGGCUGUUAAUCGAAAUUCAGUUCAGAGUUUUCGGUCUGAGAUACGGGAGGGGCGGAUUAGAAACAGCACGAACUAGAAAUGAGUUCGAAUGCCAAUUGGUGCAAGUGGGCGCGCUUUUUGUUGACAAUAAUCGCUUUCUUUCUAUUGGGGUUUCUAAUCGGAUGGGUUGGGCGUCCCUGUGUGAACAUCUCCCCAAUGAAACCUCAAAGAAUUGGGAACAAACUGCUAAAUGAAAUGCAAGCUGAAAAUAUCAGAAUAUAUCUGCGGAAUUGGACACGAUUUCCUCAUUUAGCUGGGACUGAAAAAAAUCUCCAGUUAGCCCGACAGAUUCAAAAGCAAUGGAAGAACUGGGGACUGGAUUCAGUUGAAUUGGUUCACUAUGAUGUCCUGUUGUCUUACCCAAACAAAAGCAAUCCUAAUUACAUCUCUAUCAUUGAUGAGAAUGGAUAUCUGAUCUUCAAUACAUCUUUCUUUGAAAAACUACCUCCUGGAUAUGAAAAUAUAGAGGACCUGGUACCACCCUUCAACGCCUAUUCUCCAGCAGGCAUACCAGUGGGAGAUUUAAUCUAUGUUAACUAUGCUCGGACUGAGGAUUUCUUCCAACUGGAAAGGGAACUGGGCAUCAACUGCACUGGAAAAAUUCUGAUUGCCAGAUAUGGGAAAAUCUUCCGAGGAAACAAGGUUAAGAAUGCAAUGAAUGCAGGUGCUAAAGGACUCAUCUUUUUCUCAGAUCCUGCUGAUUAUUGUGCACCAGGAGUGCACCCGUACCCAGAAGGCUGGAAUCUCCCUGGAAGUGGAGUCCAACGUGGAAACAUUUUAAACCUGAAUGGAGCUGGUGACCCUCUAACUCCAGGCUUUCCAGCUAAUGAAUAUGCAUUCAGAUUGGAUGAAGGCAUUGGCCUUCCAAAAAUUCCUGUUCAUCCAAUAGGCUAUAAAGAUGCAGAGGAGUUGCUGCGUUACAUGGGAGGGGUUCCAGCCCCCAGUGAAUGGAAAGGACAACUGAAUGUUUCUUACAACAUUGGACCUGGCUUCAAGGACAGUUAUUCCUCACGAAAAGUCAAAAUGCACGUUUACACAAGAAAUGAAGUGAGACGAAUUUAUAAUGUAAUUGGCAAGAUUCGAGGAGCAGUGGAACCAGAUCGGUACGUCAUAUUUGGAGGGCAUCGUGAUGCGUGGGGACUUGGCAGCAUUGAUCCAACGUCAGGAGCCGCUGUUUUACAUGAAGCUGUGCUAAGUUUUACAAAACUUAUGAAAGAAGGUUGGAGGCCCAGAAGAACAAUAUUUUUUGCCAGCUGGGAUGCGGAAGAAUUUGGUUUGUUGGGUUCCACAGAGUGGGCAGAGGACAAUGCCAAACUACUUCAGGAACGUGGAGUUGCAUAUAUCAAUGCAGAUUCAUCCAUAGAAGGUAACUACACGUUGAGAGUUGACUGUAGCCCUUUGCUGUACCAGUUAGUUUAUACCUUAACUAAAAAGAUCCCCAGCCCUGAUGAUGGUUAUGAGGGGAAAUCCCUUUACCAGAGUUGGUAUGAUAAAGAUCCGUGGACAGGGUACAAGGAAGCUCCCAGGAUAAGAAAACUGGGAUCUGGCAGUGAUUUUGAAGCUUAUUUUCAGCGACUUGGUAUUGCCUCUGGCCGUGCACGAUACACAAAAAACAGGAAAUUUGACAAAUUCAACAACUACCCGGUAUAUCACAGUGCUUACGACACAUUUGAGGUGGUGGAAUGGUUUUAUGACCCAUCCUUUAAGAAACUGCUUGCGGUGGCCCAGGUACGAGGAGGAUUGGUUUAUGAGAUAGCCGACUCUAUCAUCAUACCUUUUGACUGCAGAGAUUACGCUGAAGCUUUGACCAAUUAUGCAAAUGUCCUCUAUGAGCAAGCCAAGCAGCAUCAACUUCAGCUUAACAAAUACCAGGUUUCUUUUGACUCUCUGUUUUCAGCUAUACAUAACUUUACACGCAUUGCCAUUGAUUUUCAUAAACGACUGGAAAAGAUUGACAUCACAGAUCCUCUCGCUGUACGAAUAGUAAAUGACCAGUUGAUGCUGCUGGAAAGAUCCUUCAUUCACUCUAUGGGAUUACCUGGGAGACCCUUCUAUAGGCACAUCAUUUACGCUCCCAGCGCUCAUAAUAAGUAUGCGGGAGAAUCUUUUCCAGGAAUCUAUGACGCAUUAUUUGACAUAGCAAAUGCUGCAGAUGAGCGCAAAGCCUGGCGAGAAGUGAAAGAGCAGAUUGCUGUUGCGUCCUUUACAGUGCAGGCAUCUGCUGGGACAUUAGUGGAAGUGUAAUUUUAUUUGGUUUUAUGCUUUUGAGAAAUUGGAUCAGGAGUUAAUGAUGUGACAUUAAGACCAUCUCAACAUGAAUAAUUAUUUAGAAAUUCGUAAUUAAUCUGAGCUCAAAUUUAAACAAAAUAUGCACAUUAAUUAUGAGUUAUAUACAAGAAUCAACCCUACAGCUAUGCUAGUUAUACUGUUUUAUUUUUGUUAGAUCUGUAUUAAAACCUGCAAUCAUCAA